AUCGAGUGCGAUUCUCCGUGUUGCCACCCGCGUUUGUUCAAGAAGGCUCUGCAGGAGCGCGGUCUGUGGAACAAGAAAAGGUCCCCCAUGAUCCACAAGUUCUGCGCCGAGUACAAGAAUUGGCGGGAGGCCAUUGCCCUGUAUCUCGAAAUCUCCAUUGACGAGGCCAAGCUUCCGUGGAUACUGAAGCUCUCAAGCGAGAUUGUCGACGGUGCCCACUUGUUGCUCGCUUGCGCGGAGUUCGCCAAGUACAACGUGCUCUACGCCGACCGCCCGAGCCCCGUCUUCAGCAGGAUCGCGGCCAUCCUCUCGCACAUGGAGAACACUGCUGUGAUGAUUCUGCUGGACGCUGUGCGGACGGCAAGAAUCACCAGCGAGGUCCUCCUCUUCGACGGGCUCCUCGCGAAGGUGGUGGACUGCCUAGGAGAAGCGAUGGUGGCGGUAGCCGUGGCCGAGGCGAGCGCCGCCGCAGGUGUACAAUUCCACAUAAAAUCGUGGCAGCGCGUGGGCCAGCACGUUCGCUUCGCAAGGGCCGUGCUUCGCGGCUCACAAACGGUGGUCGUUCGGAGGGUGCACGGCGAACGCCAGGUGGCCAAUUGCAUCGUCUCGGUGGCUGAUUGGGCACAGCUGUCUCCCAAGACCGCGCUCGACGAGGAGAGCGCAACCAUGACGGUCAAGGAGUUCAACGAUUCCGAAUUGGACCUUUCCCAGCGCGAUGCGACAAAGACCCCGCCGUUCACCAAGGAGACUGUGGACAACGUCUUCCGCCGCGACAAUCCCGAGGGUACUGUGUACGGCGCCAUUGAGACGGUGCAUGCGGACGCGGGCUUGCCGACUGACGGGGACGACGCGUACAUGAUGCCAGCCGCGGGUGCCGACGACUUGUUCCAGCCAGGACCUGGCCUGCAACGCGCGGUGGAGACGCGCGAGAUCUCCAGCACCCUUUACGAUCUACACCAGACCACGGAGAUUGCGGUGAGGACAUGGCGGUGCACUAACAAAACCUGCAGGCUCACGCACGGCCCGAACUUCAUGUGGCUUGAUGGCGAGAAGGUGAACGCAGCCACGUUGGCCGACUUCGAACAGCCUGGCGUAGUCUCCGUGCGCAACCAGAGAGCGUUUACCAUGCGCUACCUGCGCUACCACGAGAAGCUCAUGUUCCGCGCCUUCACCACGGCUCGCGGCAUCGAUUGGGUCACCAAGGAGGUCUUUGCUGACAAGGAGGAGGAGGGGCACGGCAAGGAGUUCGUCACCGAUGUCAGGAAGAUCCACCUCGACGCGCUGAUGUACCUGAUCGCUGCGCAGGAAAUGGAGCCGAUCAAAGAGCACCGCGGCAUCAUCAUCGGCAAGGAUAUCACCGAUGAUACCUUCUCCAAGUUGGACAGCUACUACCACAGGAACGUGUUCCCCGAUCCGCGCCCGAAGAAGAUUACGGUGCUCGUCGGGGGCGGGCACGAGAAAGUCCUCACGAAAUGCAAUGACGAGGAGAGGCAGCAGCGCGCCGUGCGCAGGAGGCCAGCAGCGAUGAAGGGAUCGAUGAAGAGGGCGCGCAAGACCGCCAUCAAGAAGCACGUCCUCCGCGCGAAGCCCGCCGCGAAGAAGAAGGCCGUGGUUCUCAAGAGGCCGUCCGCCGCGCCAGUGCGCAAGAGGCCAUCUGCUGCUGCACCCGGCCAGGGGCCGUCCGCCGCAGCCAUCCGGAAGAAAAGGCAGUACAAGAGCAGCAGCAAAUCAGCCCGCCACAUGCACCACAACCACGGGUGGUUCAUGGUUCUCACCCCUGAAGGGCGCAUCGCUGCCGCAGUCGAGCAGAAGAACCCAGAGGGCAACGGCGUGGCGGCAGAGACCCUGACUCGUGCCCUCAAGAAGCACCCCAACGUGAACACGUUCGUUUACGAUCGGUGCUGCUCCUUCUUCGUGUCGGCCCAGAAGUUGCCUGCCUUCAAAGACAUCAAGUACUGGGCCGUCGACAUGAUGCAUGCGAAGGGGCACGCCCGCAGCUGCCCCUGCAACCGAUACCACAUUAAGCGCUUGAGCCGCCGCUUGAAGGGCAUCAACACCCAGGUGGCGGAGCAAUCCUUCUCGUGGUUUAGGGGGUACGCGCGCCCGCUCAACGAGAUGGCCCCGCUGCGGCACAAGCUCUGCGUUCUUCUCUUCGCCAAGCUCCACAACAACUACGUUGCGGAGCACAACAUCGAGUACUUGCCGCCGAUGGGGAGCCUCAGGACGACGCAGGGUACGGGCGGGCAUUACGGCUGCUCAUAG